CUGUGCUGGGAAGUGAUGUAAUCAACAGUUUGGGAGCAUUUUUAAUGUUGUACAGGAAGUUGUUUCUGUGAAAUGUAGCUCCAAUUACUUUUGCAAGGAAUUCAGAAAGGUACUUUGGAUUAACAAGCUGUACAGGAAGUGAGUUCAUCUACAGUCUGGGAAAUGUGUGACUGACUUUUUGGGAGAACUUUUACAGUGGAGAAAUUAAAUAUUCUUUUGUGUUGCAUACACAGCGGGACAUUGGAUGGUUCUUGUAUGCGGUUUACGUACAUUACGAGAUGUUUGGGAUACUCCUAAAUGAAAAAGAAAUAAAAAACAGAUGCACUGCAAGUUUCCUGUUACAUCUUUGAUGUUCGACAUUAAUGUCGAAAGUGGUCAGAAAAGUGUGCUUGUCAGUGCAAAAUGCCUCAUUGCCUGGCCUAUGGAUGUAUAACUCACAGUGGACGCCUUGCAGAGGGACAGUCACUUCAUAGUUUUCCUAGAGAUGUGCAGCUAUGUACUGUGUGGAUAAAGCGCUGUGGUGCCAAUGUGGGAAAUAUUGGAAAGUUUGUCAGUGAAGUGAUAAAACGCAAAAUACCACGGUACUAUCUUUGCUCUGAACACUUCGAGGUGGGUAUGUUUCAGCCGAAUUACAUGGCUCAGCUUCUUCCAAAACACAUGCUGAAACGCCGAAUUCCUCGGCGUCUGAUGGCAGGUGCAGUUCCAACAAUAUUUAAUCCUAUAAAAAGUAAAAUGCAAACAUCAUUAUCUCAUCAGAAUGAACCCCGUGACUACAAACAGAAGCAGCAGCAGAUGUUCAAGGAGGAAUCCUGCAAGCCAGAAAUCGAUGCAAAAGUUGAUGAAUACAAACUAGAGUACAGUAAGAGGAAGAAAAAGAGAUGCAAAGAGUCACACAAGCUGGAAGUUAAUGCGACACUUGAUGGCGUCAGACUAGAUGAUAAUAAGCUGAAGCAGCAUAGGUGCAAGAAAACAUGCAAGCCAGAAAUUAAUGGAACCGUUACUGAUCUCUCACAAGACAGCAUUAAGAAGAAGAAGAAGAAGAAAAAACAGAAGAAAUGCAAGGAAUCUCCCAAGCCAGAAAUUAAAACAGUUGUUGAUGACUUCACACCAGACAGCAGUGUACAGAAGAAGAAACGGCAGAUGUACAAGGAAUUGCCCAAACCAGAAAUCAGUGAAACAGAUUAUGACUUCACAUCAGAUAGCAGUGUCUGUAUAAACAUGCCUUAUUGCUUUGCUAAGGGAUGUAUGAACCCCAGAGGACAACUGGAAGAGAAGAGAUCCAUGUAUGCGUUCCCACGGGACCCAGAAUUGUGCGCAGUUUGGCUUCUAAGAUGUGGCAUUGAUCCGGAUUUCUUUUCAUACUUUACGUCAGAAAUUUGUCAUAGCAAAAAUGCCAGAUACUACCUCUGUUCUUAUCAUUUUGAGGAGACAAUGUUUACAAAAUACUAUCAAAAGGAGUUUACUCAGGAAUGGCACACAGAAAUAACUCAUUUUAAAUUGAUUCCAGAUGCUGUUCCAACCAUUUUCAACACUGGAAAUCAGCACAUUUCAGUGCCAGCAACAGUGGUGACCAGAACAACUGGAAGUAACAGAGAUUCUAUUAUAAUGGAACCUUUGGAUGAGUAUGCAUGCUUUGUAAAGGACAGUUCCAUGGCAUUUGAAGAAUUAACAGAGAUGCCCCCUGCUAUAAAAAUGUGCAAUUCGUCAUGUCAGACUGAUCUAAGUUUGUGGAGAAACAGACUACGUGCAACUGUCACCAAAGACAGCUGUACACAAGUAGGUGCAUCAUUUGCACAUGCUGAAACUCAGACAUAUGUUUCUGAAUUAAUAGCCACAACUUCACAGAGUAACAUAAUUCGCCAGUGUGAAGCAGAAAUUCAGUGUCCCGUCCCAUCAGUUCCACCAGGUAUUGCUCUCCAUGAUCACCGUUACAGUCAUACUGUCAAUAAGAGAGUGCCUGAAAUGCGGCCCAGCUAUAUAGCAAAGGCAAACAAAGUUUCAUGUGUCGAUACCAAAAAAAUUCCACCAGAAGACAGAAAACCAAAACGACUUUCAUGUGUAGCAGCUGUUGAACCUAAGUUGCUGAAAAUUAUUCCAUUAAUGGGGACAGCUACAACGUCAUCAUUAAACCAGAGUGAGACAGUUCUUAUUAUCAGGCCACCACAGCAGCCACCACUGCCACAGCCCACUGAUAUAUCUAUGUCAAGAAAUAGUUAUCCGGAAUGCAAAGCCACAUCAGAAUGUGAUAUCAAGACAACCAUUGUGAGAGUCAAACCAAGACAUGUAGAAGGGUCGAGCAACGUUCCAUUAACUUGUUAUGAAAAAGUUUUUGAAACAAAGUCAGCCUUACAGCAAAGUGCACCUGUAGUUGUGCAUGUAAAGCCAAGACAGAAGCUGCAGACACCUACAUCGUUUGAAGAUGUUGCUGUAUUUUUCUCCAAAGAAGAGUGGAAUAUGUUGAAUGAAUCUCAGAGGGAACUGUACCAUGAUGUUAUGAGGGAUAAUCUUCAGUCUUUGACCUCACUAGGCUUUGAGAUUCCUGAGCACUACAUGAAACUGUUUGUAAAAGAAGACCCUCCUCCAAGCGACACAGAGAAGGAGUUGAAUAAUGAGAAAUCCUGUAAAGCAGAGUAUACAUCCCCUGGAGCUGUGUUAUAUCACUGCGGUACUGGUAAUGGCUGGCGUACAUCCUGAUGCACAGCACAAGUCCCAACUCAUCAAGUAAAGACACAUCGUUUGUUCCGUAUAUAAAAGAGCUUCACUCACUGAAGUGUACUUAUCAAAAAAAAAAUUAUCACUUGGAGAAAUUAAACCAAGAAUGCCACAACAUAAAUGUACUGAAUGUGGAAAUGUUUUAAGGUAUAUGAAAUCCGUCAACAUUCAUCAAGAGAUGCAUACUAGAAGCAGAACUUUUGAAUAUUCUGUGUGUUGGAAUACUUGCAUGCAGCUAGAGAAAAAUACAUAAAUAAGCUGGUGAGAAAAACCUUAUAGCUGCAUUGAAUUUGAAAAAUGUUUAAAUGGCAAAAUAUUCUCAAAGUAUACAUGCUUAUUACACACACAGAAGACAAACCUUGCACACGUACAUACUGUGGUAAGAGUUUUCAAAACUGAAGCAGUGCCAUGUGGCAUCAACUGAACUGAUGCACACUGAAAACAGACAUUCACGUUCUUUUUGUGGAAACCCUGACCAGUCUCUCUUAAAGUACACAAGCGGAAGCUCUCUGGUGAUCAGCUGCACAAAUAUGCUGAAUGUGAAAAGAGUUUUGCUCAGAAAUACAGCCUGCAUAAGCUUAUAUACUCAAAAGUAUCCACUAUGUGAAACUGCUUUUUGCAUAAGUGUAGUUACAAGUCCACCUGAGGACUCCCACUGGAAGAAAAUGUAUAAAUGUGAAGAAUAUGGAAUGGGCUUUACCAGUUUAAAAAUAUACAGCAGUGCAAAUCUAAAGUAAAGAUUUGUGCCUACGAUUGACUGCAGAGCUAUAAAAACAAUAUGAUGUCAUCAACAAACAUACUUGAAAGUAAACGAGGGCGGUCUUCCCUUGCUGUAAUUUUCCUUAAUGGCAUGUCAGUGAACUGAUCCCAGAAGAAAUUAUGCUUGUUGGAUCUAAGAAAGCAAGCUGUUGUUUCUGUGUAGUCUCAUUUUAUUUAGUUAUGGCAUUGCCGGCAGACUUAAGUACUAAAAACCAAGAAACAAAACAUUACAUAGAGGCUGAAACAAUACUAUGGACAGGUCAUUGUAGACCGUGAUCUCUCUUUACCCAACUGCUUUGACUGAAUGUGGAUUGAAGAGCAGUGCCUGAGAGAUUAUUGCACAUCGAUUUGCUGUUUUUAUACAAUACUGAUAUUUUCACUGGAGUUGUUUCUAGACUUAUCACUUUUUACAUGCAAAGUUUUUAGAUUAGCUUAAAACACUAAAUAUACGUACCUCUUCACAGUAAAGUUUCAAACUGGAGCUCAUUAAAUGUGAAUUUGAGAUA